ACGGAUUAUGGGACGUUCAGGUUCAUUUCAUUAGAAAACCAUCAAGUUGUCAGACGUCGCGAGUCCCGGGGUAAAUUCCUUAGGAUCUGUUCGUUUUCAGCACCGUUUUUUCCUGAACGGUCUUUGGCCGCGAUGGCAACCUCAGCGACCAGGGCUGAAGUUCUCAAAAUCUACAAGACCAUGUUGAGGGAAAGUGCCAGGUUUUCGUUCUACAACUACAGAAUGUAUGCUGUGAGACGCGUUAAAGAUGCAUUCAGAGAGCAAAAGGCGGUCAAAGACUCAUCAGAAAUUCAACGGCAUCUACUCGAGGCACACAAGUUUUUGGAUAUCAUCAAACGACAAGCAAUUGUAGGAGACUUGUACAGAUUCGAAAAACUUGUAAUCGAAGUAGAAAAUGAUAAAAAAACUGGGUGAAAAACAUUAGUUUGUGUUUCAUACUGGAUUUGGAAGAGAACUGAGAGUUAUUGAAUAUAUUGGUCAAAUUUUCAAAUGUCAACACACAAGUUAGUUAAACGAUGAUUGUUCCUAAGUUUAAUAUUAGUAUAUAUUAUUAUUUUGAUCAUCACCAUCAUUACUUAUAUUGUGUAAAAUUAAAUAUAUAUUGAAAUUUGAAUACAUGAAUUUUUGUUUAGUCCA